AUGCUGCCCUACCUUGCUGCCAGCUGUCUGCUGCUGGCUCUGAGUGGCCUGCAGCCAGCGACUGCAGCCAUCCACAAGCGCAGCGGUGCCAACUCCCUGGGUGGGGAGUCUGCGAGCCACUCCCACGCCCAGUCAAAGCCCGCGCCCAGUCCGGCAGGGAGCGUCGAGAACACGGACCUCUUGGAUAAACUAAGCUGGAAGUGCGCCAACAAUGCGAGCUGUCUGUAUGGCGUGGCCAAUGGGAUCAUGGCCUCCUACCAGCUGGGCGAAACCAUCAAGCUGGGACUCUUCGACCUCGUCAGGCUGCCCGACCUGGACGCAACGCACAAGCACAAGUGGGGCACGGGCCGAGGCCUGGCCAGCUUCAUGGACUUUGUCAGUGGCAAUGCCGUUCGGGUGCCCGUUGGCCCCAUGGUGUUUAGUGUGCAGCGUUCGGAGGAGGACAGUGAUUACAUAGAGGUGGCGCUCCUAAAGAAGGCCUCCAGCGGCACAGGACGGCUGCAGGGCAACGGCGGUGGAGGCCUGCUUGGCGGCGGAGGAGGCGGGGGCCUCCUUGGCGGCAGCGGUAUUGGAGGUGGCGGUGGCGGCGGCGGCGGCCUACUGGGUGGAGGAGGUGGGGACAACGGAGGUGGCGGCGGACCCUUGCGCCGACGACAUCAGCACCAGGACAAGAAGCAGUUCCAGAUGCUCAUACCCAUGUACCUGGCAGCGACAACAUUUGGCUGGACAAUGGUGGCCGCCAAGGCGGUGGGCCUGCUCACGCUGAAGGCUCUCAUCCUAUCCAAAAUCGCGUUUGUCGUGGCCGCCAUAGUCCUGAUCAAGAAGCUGAUGGAUAAUGCCAGCGAAAAGAUGAUGUAUCAGUUCCCGGAGCAGACGCCCUACAUGAUGCCCUAUGGAAUGGACUAUGGUGGACUGCAUGGCGGCGAUAUCUCCCCAGAGAUGUACCCAGGCUCGCUCCAUCAUCUGGCAAUGGCCGGCGGCGGCCAAUUGUCCGGUCAUCCUGGCCAUCCUGGCCUGGAAAACCUCAGCGCCGAGAGUCAUCUGCACUCACAGGUCUCCAGCGAUGGGAGCAACCAUACCCAGGUGCUGGCAGCUCUGGGCGGUCUCGGCGGCCUGGGCCAUAAAAUCAAACGUGAGGACUCUUGGAUGGCGAAGAGUAAGUCCACUCCAGCCAGGCGGCCACUCAUCUACAACUACGUGCAGCCGCAUAUGCCCUACUACCGCUCCUGAGGCGAUGAUUAGGCAAUUAGUGCAGCUACUGGCACAAGCCCGCCCCAAUGCCCGCUACCAAAGACCGUAGACGCGUCGACGAGGAGGCGUAAAAGAGGAGGUGGUGUAGAGGUUGUUCUGCUGCCAUAGGAAGAACAGCGGACGUGACACGCGAACGCGAAACGUGAGGGCCCGGCCCGGCCACGUGGAGUGCUUUAGGCUGC